AUGACCAAGAAGAGAAGAGAAGAAAUUGGGUUCACCUCACUGACAACUGCCAUCCCAUGUCCUUGCCCGCCUGUAAUUAACGUGCCUACCGAGCCUACCCCGCGCUCCGAUAAGCGGUGAAAUAAUCAGUCCCCUACGGAUACAGGACAGAAGAGUCACACACAAGGUGGGAUGUUUUUGGAGUCAUUGCCCCACACCCAACUUUCAUCAUCCUCAACCUUCCCGCAUCGAACUUUCAUAGCUUCCUCUCCUACAACAGCAAUCAAUUGUGGUCGCAAAAGCUCAAUUCAAGUCGCAAACAUGGCCCACACUAUUCUUCACCUCCGAUCCGAGACCAAGCCCUUGGAACACAGGAGCGCCCUCACACCCACCACUACUCGCAAGCUGAUCGAGGCUGGCUACGAAGUUAGAGUUGAGAGGAGCCCUGUUCGCAUCUUUGACGAUGCCGAGUUCGAAGCCGCUGGCGCGACCCUUGUGCCCGAAUACUCCUGGGAGUCAGCCCCAUCAGACGUGAUCAUCGUCGGUCUCAAGGAGCUUGAGGAGAAGGAGUUCCCUCUCAAGCACGUUCACGUCACAUUUCUCCACGUCUACAAGAACCAAGGUGGCUGGGAGAAGACCCUCAGCCGUUUCCCUCGUGGCGGCGGUACCCUUCUCGACUUGGAGUUCUUGGCCAACGAGUCCGGUCGCAGAGUCGCAGCCUUCGGGUUCCACGCUGGUUUCUCUGGCGCUGCUCUUGCUCUCGAGAACUGGGCCUGGCAGCUCACCCACCCUGGCGAGCCCUUCCCCGCCGUCGAGGCGUACCCCAAUGAGGAUGCUCUCAUCGUCGAUGUCAAGAAGGCCUUGGACGAAGGUAUCGCCAAGGCUGGUCGCAAGCCCAGAGUCAUUGUGAUUGGUGCUCUUGGACGUUGCGGCUCCGGUGCCGUUGAGAUGGCCAAGAGAGCCGGUGUUGAGGAUAUCGUCCGCUGGGAUAUGGAGGAGACCAAGAACCCCGGUCCUUACAAGGAGAUCACAGACGCCGACAUUUUCGUCAACUGCAUCUACCUCAGCCAACCUAUUCCUCCUUUCCUCAACCGCGAGUCUCUUCAGGUCCCCGGUAGAAACCUCAGCGUGAUUUGCGAUGUUUCUGCUGACACCACCAACCCCCACAACCCGAUCCCCGUCUACACUGUGGCUACCACCUUCGACAAGCCCACUGUCCCCGUCGAGGGAUUGGAGAACCCUCCCCUGAGCGUCAUCUCCAUCGACCACCUUCCCUCUUUGUUGCCGAGGGAAUCUAGCGAGGCCUUCAGCAACGACCUGCUGCCUACCCUCCUGAACCUCAAGGACUGGCGCAACGAUUCUGUCUGGGCCCGCGCCGAGAAGCUCUUCCAGGACAAGGUCGCCCUGCUCCCCGCCGAGCUCCAGAAGAGAGAGGCCUAGUGGACCCCUAUUCGGUCGUACCUUUGUUUCUAGAAUGGAAUUUGGCGUUUUCAGGGGUGGAGGAUCUUAUGAAGAAAAGCGGCAUAUUCAAGCCGGAUGAACGGCCAAGCCGGGUUGCCAGAUAGAUCCAAAAAGCUUAGAUCAUGAGUGGACAGACUCGAGAAAUGAUACACACAGCUAGAGCUA